AUGAAAACGUUUUUAAACACUUGUCUCCACUCACAGAACCAUCCAACUAUGUACAAACCGAGAGCUUGCAAAGCUGGAAAUCCAGAAUUUCAAUAUGGAAUUACUAGAGGCGCAGCUUGGUGCCCAUUAACAGGUGGAAUGAAGGAUUUCAACUAUGUCUGGUAUGGAGAAUCUGACCUGAAGAAGAAUUUUAACCAAUUUAAUCUUUACAGCCAUUAG